UUCCACUGAGAGAGACCCAAGAGAGAGAGAGAGAGAGAGGCGGCGGAAGGCUUAAAACGACACUAAUUCCGAUCUGCCCAAAGCUUGAAACGACAACUCUUUGUUUUAUCAGUCCCGAGUUUCCGCUUCUUCCUCCUCUUUGAAAAAAACGCCGUUCCUUUCCUUCUUCCACGUGUCCCCACGAUAAAAAGGUUUUUUUUGCUUCGAUCCCCUCCGUUCAUUUCCAGUGCUGAAUGGGCCAUGGCCGAACCAUUGCCGAAUCCGGAUGAGGUGAAGGACAGCAAAACAUGGAAAGGAAUUUUCGCUGUCAGUGGAAUCAUGAUUACGCUUGUAAUCUAUGGAGUUCUACAGGAAAAGAUCAUGAGAGUACCUUAUGGGGUAAACAAAGAAUACUUUAAAUACUCGUUGUUUCUUGUUUUCUGCAACCGCAUCACAACUUCUGCAGUCUCUGCUGGCUCUUUAGUGACAAGUAAGAAGGCAUUGGAUCCUGUUGCUCCCGUCUAUAAGUAUUGCCUCAUAUCAGUAACAAACAUCUUAACCACAACAUGUCAGUAUGAGGCCCUCAAGUAUGUAAGCUUCCCAGUUCAGACCCUUGCUAAGUGUGCGAAAAUGAUACCUGUUAUGAUUUGGGGCACUUUCAUCAUGCAGAAGACGUACAAGGGUUUUGACUAUUUGGUAGCUUUUCUGGUGACCCUUGGUUGUUCAAUAUUUAUACUAUUUCCGGCAGGAAUUGACUUAAGUCCUUACGGAAAAGGAAGAGAAAAUACUGUUUGGGGCAUUUCUCUGAUGGUUGGUUAUCUUGGAUUUGAUGGCUUUACAAGCACAUUCCAAGAUAAACUAUUCAAAGGCUAUAAUAUGGAAAUACACAACCAGAUAUUCUACACGACGUUGUGUUCUUGCGUUCUCAGCUUCAGUGGUCUGGUAUUACAGGGACAUUUACUUCCAGCUGUAGAUUUUGUUUAUCGCCACAAUGAUUGUUUUCUUGAUAUUGUAUUACUCUCAACUGUAGCAACAACCAGUCAAUUCUUCAUUUCUUACACGAUCCGUAAUUUCGGUGCUCUCGCAUUUGCUGCCAUCAUGACCACAAGACAGCUGGUUAGCAUCUUGCUGUCUUGCAUGUGGUUCGGCCACCCCCUUAGCUGGGAACAGUGGAUCGGGGCGGUCAUCGUAUUUGGCUCCUUGUAUGCAAAAAACUUUUGGAAAAAACCAUCACCAUCGCCCCCUCCACAACAAACAGAAAACAAAGCUUCAAGUCCCGAGAAAGCAGUCCCUUAAGUCUUUAAUAAGUAUUGAACUUGU